CACCGCACGUGUAGCUGCCCUUUGCGGAUUUCUCUAAUUUCAAACGCCAGCAUGGUAACCCUAGCUAUGUGGGUGCCCGUUUAUGCGAGCACACGCAUAUAAGAGGGAUGUGAGUAGUGACAGCUUUUAGUGACGAUUUCCAAGAUGACUCUCAUGAAACUUCUUUUCCUUGUGCCAUCUGUCCUUGUAUUCAAUAAUGCGUAUAUUUCUCCGAACCCAGCACCCAAUAACGAGGAAACAAUUAGCGGCGGUCCGCUCUACGAGCGUAUCUGCCCAGCCAUUUUCCCGAUAUUACAACGGUUGUCGGGCUUGAUACCCUGUGUCGCAGAGAUAGCCGUCAUACUCGCGGCUUAUUUUCCAUUGCCUGUCUCAUCUGGAAUCCUCUCUAUUCUAGUUCACAGCGGACAGCUUCCGGAUAUGGUACCAAACACACACUUCAUACUCGGAACGAUCCUCGUCCUCUUGGGUUGCUUGGGACGCCUAUGGUGUUUUCGUGUCAUGGGACGCCAUUUCACUCACCAGCUGAGCUUGCGCAAGGACCACUCCCUCGUCACCGCUGGUCCAUACCGCAUUGUGCGCCAUCCUAGCUAUGUAGCCAGCUGGAUCGCCUCGUUCGGGAUCUCGCUCAUCUAUGCGAGCCCCGGAUCGUUCGUGCGAUCUUCAGGGUGGCUCCCCACUUACAUCGGGCGUAUCGUAUUUGGAAUAUGGGCACUCCAACUCAUGCUGACCGGCGUGCUAAGCUGCGCACGGGCUAUGAGCGAAGAUGCGAUGCUUCGCAAGCGGUUUGGGGCGGAAUGGGUCCGGUGGUCUCAGAGGGUGCGCUACAGACUCAUUCCGGGUGUAUUUUAGUGAUUUUUUUUUGUAUCUUUGUUGUGAUUCAGACUCUAACCUAGACGCGAUGUCAUAUUUGUAGUUCUUUGAUGUUUCAGCUUUCGAGCUUUCCGACCAGUACGAUCAUGACGUGUAUUUCAUGACCUUUUCAUUCAUACU